CUGCGGAAUCCUUCUCUGCUCUCUUCUCUCCUCAUUGACCAUGAGCUCCAUCAAUUACAACCCCUAUUUCCCAUCUGUGCAGCGCAGACGGAUGACAGUGCGCAGCGGGACAAGUUUCGGGGGAGGAAGCAGUCGGUCCCGUCCCGUCUACAUGACUUAUGCAUCCCCAUCCCGCUCCUCGGCACUCUACUCUACUGCAGCUCUGCAGCGUUCUGCUGCAUCAGCAGAUCUGGAAUUGAGCCAGGCAUCUCAGCUGAGCUCAGAGUUCAAAACUGUGCGGACUCAGGAGAGGGCCCAGCUUCAGGACCUCAACGACCGCUUUGUGGGCUUCAUUGAGCGUGUGCACGGUCUCGAGCUCCAGAACCGGGCCCUGGAGGCCGAGCUGCUCCUAUUGCGUCAAAGGCACUGUGAGCCCAAGAAUCUGAAGACGCUAUAUGAGCAGGAGGUGAGGGAACUUCGCGCAGCGGUUGAUCAGGCACGUUGGGAGCGCCAAGCAGCUCAAGACAGGCGGGACAACCUGGAAGAUGCGCUCAAGGCUUUGCAGGGUCGCUAUGAAGAAGAAGUUCUGGCCCAUAAGGAGGCAGAAGGCCGGCUGGUGGAUGCCAGAAAGGGGGUGAACGAGGCAGUGCUAGCCCGUUCUGAGCUUGAGAAGAGGGCCGAAACUCUUCUGGAUGAGCUAGCUUUCUUGAAGAAGCUCCAUGAAGGUGAGAUUGCCGAGCUGCAAGCUCAGGUGCAGUACAGCGCCCAGAUGUCAGUGGAGAUGGAGGUGGCCAAACCGGAUCUCUCUUUGGCUCUCAGAGACAUCCGAACCCAGUAUGAACGCCUGGCCCACCAGAACAUCCAGGCAGCCGAAGAGUGGUUCUGUGAGAAAGUCAACACUGUGGCAGAAGACACAGCCAAACAUGCAGAGAAAAUACGCACCACUAAAGAUGAAGCUGGAGAGUAUCGUCGCCUACUGAAAGCCAGAGACCUGGAGAUCGAAGCAUGCCAGGGCCAGAAUCAAGCUCUGGAGAGACAGCUGCAAGAGGUGGAAGAAAAACAGAGUACAGAGAUAACCACCCUACAGGAUACCAUUGGAGACCUGGAGAAUGAGCUAAGGACCAUGAAGAAUGAAAUGGCUCAUUACCUUAAAGAAUACCAAGACCUCCUCAAUGUGAAAAUGGCUUUGGAUAUUGAAAUAGCUGCUUACAGGAAGCUUCUAGAAGGAGAAGAAACCCGCUUUAACGUAGGGGGUAUUGGUGGCAUGUCAAGUGUGUUUUCUCCCUCCAUCACCGCCUCUCCUUCUUUCGGCCGGCCCAUGUUCUCUGUGCAAGCCAGCCUUACCUCUCGUGCCCCCUAUCUUCUGGGGACCAGACUGAUGAGCUACUCUGCCAUGACAGAUGAGAUUGUCGAAGCCAGCCAGGCACAAGAGGCAGGAGUGAGUCCAGAGAAUGAAGAGGAGGAAGAGGGCGAGAAGGAGGAGGAAGAGGGCGAGAAGGAGGAGGAAGAGGGGGAGAAGGAGGAAGAGGAAGAAGAAAAAGGAGAUGAAGAGGGAGGAGAGAAGGAAGGAGAACAGGAAGAGGAAGAAGCAAAAGAGGAGGAUGGAGAUGAAGAGGGUGACAAAAAAGAAGGAGAAGAAGACGGGGUGGAAGAGGCAGAGAAGGAUGACAAUGAAACAGGAAAAGAGGAAGAGAAAAAGAAAGGAGGAGAAGAAAAAGAGAGCAAAGCCGAGAAAAGCAAGCCAAAAGAAAAGUAAUCAGACACAACCAAAAUCCCUGGUGCUAGCAAGAGGUGAUCAAACCUCAUACACACAGUACAUCUCAAAAAUGCAGACAUCACAGCAAGUCCUUUAAUGCUGAAACCCAAAUAUAUGCAUGAACACAUGCCUUAUAUAUGUGCUUGGCAGGAAGCUGUUAUUGCAGGUCCCUUAUGUUGGCUUGAUUGUUCUUGUUUUUGUUAAGAUGCUACAGAAAAUAUGUAAUUAUUUUCGCAUUUUGUGUCAUUUUGAAACUAUGAACUGCCUUUGACUACCCAAGUGUGCUUAGUAAUCAAAAUGCCUUAGACCAGACCCUCAA